AUGAUAACACAACUUGCAGAAAAGUACAACCUACCAAUGAAAACAAGUUUCAGCUCUGCUCGUGGAUUUUUUAUCCAGAUGAAUAUUGAUUGUUCAACGUUACCCAACGGCCAACUUCCUUCUGAAUUUACAAAGAUCACUAAAAUGAAAAAUACAUAUAGCUUCACUUCAGCAGAUUUAAUAAAAAUGAAUGAAAGAUGUCAGGAGUCCCUGAGAGAAAUAUAUCACAUGACCUACUUAAUAGUGUGUAAACUACUGAAUGAGAUCUAUGAACAUAUUCAUUGCCUAUACAAGCUGUCUGACAUUGUGUCAAUGCUGGAUAUGCUGCUUUCAUUUGCCCACGCCUGCACUCUUUCUGAUUAUGUUCGUCCAGAAUUUACAGAUACUUUAGCGAUCAAGCAGGGAUGGCAUCCCAUUCUUGAAAAGAUAGCGAUGGAAAAACCUGUGUCUAACAACACAUACCUGACAGAGGGUGACAAUUUUGUCAUUAUUACAGGACCAAAUAUGAGUGGAAAAUCAACAUACCUAAAACAGAUUGCUCUCUGUCAAAUCAUGGCACAGAUUGGUUCUUAUGUCCCAGCAGAGUAUUGUUCUUUUCGAAUCGCAGAGCAAAUUUUUACCAGAAUAGGUAUGGAUGAUGAUAUAGAAACAAAUGCAUCAACAUUCAUGAAAGAAAUGAAAGAGAUAACAUAUAUCAUACAAAAUGCUAAUGACAAAUCACUCAUCAUAAUUGAUGAACUUGGCAGAGGUACCAGUGCUGAAGAAGGUAUUGGCAUUUGUUACGCUGCCUGUGAAUAUCUAUUGAAUUUAAAG